UCUCUCUCUCUCUUCUUCUUGUGGGGCUGUGGCGGUGUUGCGUCCCCCUUCGAUCCUUCUGUCUCUCCGGAAAAAAAAAAGCGAGGCUCGAAUUAAAACCCUAGUUGUUCGAAACUCGUCGAUCUCUGGCCGAGGGAGGAAGGGAGCGAGGAGUGAGCGUGCGGAACCCUAGCGGAGGGAAUGCGAAAGCUUUUCGGGAAAUAGUGCUUCUUGGCUUGAAACUGAUUUGUCUUCAUAGGUUGGGUGUUGUUUUGAGGGUUCAUGGGAGGGCCAAUGGCUGCUGAGAUGGUCAAAGUGGCAACAAGUGAUAAACUAAAAGAUAUGGACUGGAUGAAAAACAUUGAAAUUUGUGAACUUGUCGCACGUGAUCCAGGGAAAGCCAAAGACGUCAUCAAAUCUAUCAAAAAACGACUGGGGAACAAAAAUGCCAAUACCCAACUUUUUGCUGCCAUGCUCUAACAGCAAAAUUAAGAUGAUCGACUGGCUUUGCAAAUCAUGAUAGCAGUGCUGUUACUCAUAUAGUAUCUCUUUGGAUCCUUAAAUCUGAGCAAGCAAUCCUCUUUUUGCUACCCACAAAAUCCAUUGCUAGAAAUGCUUAUGAAUAACUGUGGAGAGCAUAUUCAUAGACAUGUGAUAGAUAAUGGACUUCUUCCGAUACUAGUGAAGAUAGUGAAGAAAAAGACAGAUUUGCCAGUCCGAGAAAGAAUAUUCCUUCUUCUGGAUGCUACACAGACAGCCCUUGGCGGAGCUUCUGGAAAGUUCCCUCAGUAUUACACUGCAUACUAUGACCUGGUGUCUGCUGGGGUACAGUUUCCACAACGCCCUCGUGUUAGACCAGCCGAACAACCUGCUUCAAAGGUCCAAGCAAAAAAUUUAUCUUCUCAAGAAUCUCUACCUCAAAAAUAUGAAAAUGGUGUAAAACAAACAAAUACCCAGAUAAUGCCUGACUCGAGUGUAAUUCAUAAAGCAACUAGUGUCUUAGAGGUUCUGAGGGAUGUGCUAAGUGCUUUGGAUCCUAAACAUCCAGAGGGAUCAGCUGAUGAGUUUGUAUUGGAUCUUGUAGAACAGUGUUCAUUUCAAAAACAGCGAGUCAUGCACCUGGUAAUGACCUCCCGGGAUGAGAAAGUGGUCACUCAAGCCAUUGAACUGAAUGAGCAGCUUCAUAAGGUGCUUUCUCAGCAUGAUACACUCCUUUCAGUUCGUGCUACUUCUGCUGCAGCUCCCUGUGUCAAUGAAGAAGCCAAAGAGGAAGAGGAUGUGGAACGUCUUUAUCGGAGAAUACGAAAAGGAAAAGCAUGCGCUGAGGACCAUUCAGAUGGCUCCAUUGGCUCUUUCAGAUCUAUUCCAAAGGAAAAGAUGCAGAGACCACUUAUACGGCCACUCUGCAUACAGCCAUCUGAUCCUGACAAUAAGCCAAGACCUGUAUGCAUACAAUCAGAUCCCGAGACUACACCGCCAGCAGUCUCCAUACCACCUCCACCCGCCAAGCACUUGGAGAGGGAGAGAUUCUUCAAGGAAAAGAUGGAUGGUUCGGGUUUAACAGGUCAUAUGAGAGGGUUAUCGCUGCACAGCUGUACUGGUAGUAGCUCUCAGAGUGGCAGCACUGAUUUUAGUGAAUGAGAUAUUUUUGGUUUCUGAGAUGGAUAUUAACAGCAGCUGGAGGACCAUGUGAGAGGCUAUCUUCUCAGAUAUAUUUGGUGUCUAACUCUUUUCUUCUUCUUUAAAUUUGUUUUACUCUUGAGGUUAGACCUGUUUAUUGUUGUUCAGGCUGAUGUUUUUGUUUUUAGUCUUGCUCAAUUUUCACUGGUUUGAGCUAGUGGGAUUGAAGGAGUGGUGUUUAUAGAUAAAGGGGAAAAAAUCUCAUUACUCGUGUCUCUCAGUACCUGACCUCAUUUUUGAGGCUUGCUGCAGGACUGGUUUCAUGAUGUAAAAUGAACUCCAAAGCUUCAUGACACUGAAUAGAAUAAUAGAUGGCAUGUUGAUUUGUAGCUGAA